AUGAAACCGUUUGCCUGUAUUCUUGUUAUCCUCGCUGCGCUUCUGGCCGGCAGUCAGGCUUCGUUGGAGGGUCUCCUUGGCGGUGGCGGCGGUGGAGGUGGUGGCGGUGGCGGCGGCAUUGUCCAGCUGCUGCAAAGCAAAUUGGGCGGACUCGGUGGAGGACUUGGCGGUGGAAACGGCGGUGGCUACUCUGGUGGUAGCGCUGGCGGCUACUCGGGUGGCUACUCUGGCGGCCGUUCCGGCGGCUAUUCCGGCGGCUACUCUGGCGGCCAUUCCGGCGGCUACUCCGGCGGCUACUCCGGCGGCCACUCUGCGCCCGCUAAGGUUAUCAUCGUCGAAGUUGUCAACCAGGGCCAGUCCGGCGGACAUGGCGGUUACUCCUCGGGCGGCUAUGGUGGUGGUCAUGGCGGCUACUCCUCGGGCGGCUAUGGUGGCUCUCAGGGCGGUUACUCCUCCGGCGGCUCCGGUUGGAACAAGGGCUGGUAA